AAUCAGAGAGAAAGCCUACCAAUUAAGAAAGAAAGAGAGUGAGAGUGAAAAACUGUGAAAGCUUUAAAGCUUAGCUUGAAGCUCUAAUCCAAUAUUUCAGCAAAAAAGGCCUCGAUUCUCACUUCUCGUUCUUUCAUUUUCCAGAAUCUGAUCGUAUAUUCUCUGAAUUCAGGAACUCCGAUCAAAGAAUCAAGAAGAGGCAACGAAUAUGAGCAGCUCCAUUGGCAAUAAUAUGCUCAACCAGAGUCUGCUCCGAAGCAAACUCAAUUCUUCUGGAAUUCCUGCAAACACAUUGUUCCAAGCUUCGCGCGUCAACGCACCGACACGGAAGUCGCAGUCAUCGAAGAAAUUUUCCGGGAAAAAGUUGGUUGUCGAGAAACCAAAUUUAGCAAUGGGAUCGCGUCGCCGUUCAUCUGCCAUUCCUCGUGCCGUCUUAGCCACCCAUGCAGAUUCAAAGCAGCUUGCAGAAAAAUUCAACCUUGAUGGAAGCAUUGAAUUGCAGGUUGUUGUUAGUGCCCCAAUGCCGGGUUCUCCCACACAAGUCGAGAUUCAAGUCACGUAUAGUAGUGAUUCUUUGCUUCUUCACUGGGGUGCAGUUAAAGACAGAAAAGAAAAGUGGGUGCUUCCUUCUCGUCAACCAGGUGGAACCAAAGAAUACAAGAACAGAGCUCUUAGAACUCCAUUUUCCAAAUCUGGCUCCAAUUCCUUCCUCAAAAUUGAAAUUGAUGAUCCUGAAGUACAAGCGAUAGAGUUUCUUAUAGUCGAUGAAAGGAAGAAUAAAUGGUUUAAAAAUAAUGGCAACAACUUUCAUGUUAAGUUACCUGCAAAAGAGGAGCGGAUUUCAAGUGUUUCGGUUCCUGAAGAUCUUGUGCAGAUUCAAGCGUAUUUGAGAUGGGAGAGAAGGGGUAAACAGAUGUACACCCCAGAGCAAGAGAAGGAGGAGUAUGAAGCAGCUCGAAAUGAGCUAUUGAAUGAAGUAGCCAGGGGUAUUUCCAUUCAGGAACUUCGAGCCAGGCUGACUAAAGAGAAUGAUGGCGGUGAUGUUAAGGAGCCAUCUGUUCCGGUUUCAAAAGGAAUCCCUGAUGAUCUUGUACAAGUACAAGCUUAUAUCCGCUGGGAGAAAGCAGGGAAACCCAACUACUCCGAGAAGCAACAACUUAGGGAGUUUGAGGAAGCAAGAAAGGAGUUGCAAAUGGAACUAGAGAAAGGUCUGUCUCUUGACGAGUUACGGAAGAAGAUCAACCAAGGAGAGAUACAAACUACGGUUGCCAAGCAAUUGCAGGAUAAAAAGUAUUUUAGAGUUGAGCGUAUUCAGCGCAAGAAGAGGGACUUGACGCACCUUCUCAACAAAUAUGCAGCUAAAUCUGUGGAUGAAAAUGUUUCAGUCAAACCAAAAGCCUUGACAACAGUUGAGCUUUUUGCCAAGGCAAAGGAAGAACAUGCUGGUGAAACUGUUCUGAACAGGAACAUCUUCAAGAUCGAAAAUCAGGAACUUCUGGUACUCGUGACCAAGCCUGCUGGCAAGACAAAGAUUCUUCUGGCCACAGAUCAAAAAGAGCCAAUUACUCUUCAUUGGGCUUUGUCCAAAAACAAUGCUGGGGAGUGGUUGGCACCACCUCCGGAAGUGCUACCUCCAGGUUCUGUUUCUGUAAACGGGGCUGUGGAUACACCAUUUUCAUUUAGUUCUCAUGAAUCUACCAACGAGGUCCAACAUUUGGAAAUAGAAAUUGAAGAAGAAAGUUUUAGGGGAUUGCCAUUUGUCAUUCAAUCUGCUGGAAAGUGGAUCAAGAGCAAUGGCUCAGACUUCUAUGUUAACUUUGCUGCUGGAUCCAAGCAAGUCCAGAAGGAUACUGGUGAUGGCAAGGGUACUGCAAAGGCUUUGUUGGAUACAAUAGCUGAUAUGGAGAGUGAGGCGCAGAAAUCCUUUAUGCAUCGAUUCAACAUUGCAGCAGACUUGACGGAUCAAGCCAAAGAUGCUGGAGAAUUAGGUCUUGCAGCUAUUCUGGUGUGGAUGAGGUUUAUGGCUACAAGGCAACUCAUUUGGAAUAAAAAUUAUAACGUGAAACCACGUGAGAUCAGUAAAGCACAAGACAGGCUCACAGACAAUCUCCAGAAUAUUUAUACAAGUUACCCAGAAUAUCGGGAACUUCUGCGGAUGAUAAUGUCUACUGUUGGUCGAGGUGGUGAAGGCGACGUGGGACAGCGAAUUCGGGAUGAAAUCCUGGUUCUUCAGAGAAACAAUGAUUGCAAGGGGGGAAUGAUGGAGGAAUGGCAUCAAAAGUUGCAUAAUAACACUAGCCCAGAUGAUGUUGUUAUUUGUCAGGCUCUAAUUGACUAUGUCAAAAGUGACUUCAAUAUUGAUGUUUACUGGAAAACUUUGAAUGAAAACGGAAUAACAAAAGAGCGGCUUCUUAGCUAUGAUCGUGCAAUACAUUCUGAACCAAAUUUCAGGACAGACCCGAAAGGUCUUCUUCGGGAUCUAGGAAACUACAUGAGAACAUUGAAGGCAGUUCAUUCAGGUGCAGACCUUGAGUCUGCCAUUUCAAAUUGUAUGGGCUACAGAUCAGAGGGUGAAGGCUUUAUGGUUGGAGUACAGAUAAAUCCUGUAUCAGGCUUGCCAUCUGGAUUUCCAGAUUUGCUGCAAUUUGUCCUAGAACAUAUUGAAGACAGUAAUGUUGAAGCCCUUCUUGAGGGUCUGCUAGAGACUCGGCAGGAGCUUCGGCCAUUGCUUUCUAAGCCAAAUAAUCGCCUGAGGGAUCUUUUAUUUUUGGACAUCGCCCUUGAUUCUGCUGUUAGGACCGCCAUUGAGAGGGGAUAUGAAGAAUUAAAUACUGCUGGACCAGGGAAAAUAAUGUACCUCAUCGCUAUGGUUCUUGAAAAUCUGGCUUUGUCCUCAGAUGAUAAUGUGGAUUUGAUCUACUGCUUGAAGGGAUGGAAUCAAGCUGCCAGCAUGUUAAAGAGUAACAAUGAUCACUGGGCAUUAUAUGCAAAAUCAGUCCUUGACAGAACCCGUCUUGCUCUUGCGAGCAAGGCAGAGUGGUAUCAGCGUGUUUUGCAACCAUCUGCGGAGUAUCUUGGAUCACUGCUUGGAGUGGACCAAUGGGCGGUGAACAUAUUUACUGAAGAAAUUAUUCGUGCUGGAUCUGCUGCUUCUUUGUCUUCACUUCUUAACCGACUUGAUCCAGUUCUUCGAAAGACAGCUCAUCUAGGAAGUUGGCAGGUUAUCAGCCCAGUUGAAGUUGUCGGAUACGUUGUUGUCGUGGAUGAGUUGCUUGCUGUUCAGAAUAAAUCUUACGGGCAGCCAACAAUUUUAGUGGCAAAAAGUGUUAAAGGAGAGGAAGAAAUUCCAGAUGGUACUGUUGCUGUGCUGACACCUGAUAUGCCAGAUGUCCUAUCUCAUGUUUCUGUUCGAGCAAGAAAUGGCAAGGUCUGCUUUGCUACGUGUUUUGAUCCAAACACACUGUCUGACCUACGAGCCAGAGAAGGGAAGUUGUUACACUUAAAACCAACAUCCGCUGAUAUAACUUAUAGUGAGGUAAAGGAGGAUGAGCUAGCUGAUGCAAGUACAAGUCCUCUAAAAGAAGGGGCACCAUCCACUCUGACUUUGGUCAGAAAAAAGUUCAACGGUAGAUAUGCCAUAUCGUCCGAGGAAUUCACAAGCGAAAUGGUUGGAGCCAAAUCACGGAAUAUUUCUUAUCUAAAAGGAAAAGUUCCAUCUUGGAUUGGAAUUCCUACAUCAGUUGCCCUCCCAUUUGGAGUUUUUGAGAAAGUUCUCUCAGAUGAUUCAAAUAAGGAAGUGGCCGCAAAGCUAGAAAUUCUGAAGAAAAAGCUGAAAGAAGAAGAUUUUGGCUCCCUCAAGGAGAUUCGCGAGACAGUUUUGCAUCUUGCUGCACCACCCCAAUUAGUACAAGAGCUGAAAACUAAAAUGAAAAGUUCUGGAAUGCCUUGGCCUGGUGAUGAAGGUGAACAGAGGUGGAAUCAAGCAUGGACGGCUAUAAAAAAAGUCUGGGCUUCAAAAUGGAAUGAGAGAGCAUACUUCAGCACAAGAAAAGUAAAAUUAGACCACGAUUAUCUCUGUAUGGCGGUUCUUGUUCAGGAAAUUAUUAAUGCUGACUAUGCAUUUGUUAUCCACACAACUAAUCCAUCUUCAGGAGACGACUCAGAGAUAUAUGCUGAGGUUGUUAAGGGACUUGGAGAAACCCUAGUCGGAGCCUAUCCUGGACGUGCUUUAAGUUUUCUCUGCAAGAAGAAUGAUCUGAAUUCUCCUCAGGUGUCGGGUUAUCCAAGUAAACCCAUCGGACUCUUUAUAAGACGGUCGAUAAUCUUCCGAUCUGAUUCCAAUGGUGAAGAUCUGGAAGGUUAUGCUGGUGCAGGUCUUUAUGACAGUGUUCCUAUGGAUGAGGAAGAGCAAGUGGUGCUCGACUACUCAUCCGAUCCAUUGAUCGUUGAUGACGACUUCCGCCACUCCAUCCUUUCAAGCAUUGCUCGUGCAGGAAGUGCAAUAGAAGAGCUUUAUGGGUCUCCACAAGACAUUGAAGGCGUGAUUAGAGAUGGAAAACUCUACGUCGUCCAAACAAGACCCCAAAUGUGAUAUGGUUAAAAUGUGGCUUGUUCUGCUAUUGUCAAGUUCACUGUACAAUUCUAGGACCUAUGCGCCUGUUUCCAAAUGAAAAGGAAAGAAAAACAAGCAAGAAUGAUUUGCUAGAAAGAGGUAAAGAAUAAAACGGAUAUAUGAAAAGGUGAUACAUAUACAUUACAUCGAGUUAAUGGUAUCUUGAGGCCUUGUAUUUUCAAAAUAAUUAUGCAUAUGUAAUUUCGUCAUAUAUACUUGAUGAGUUAAAUGCAUCUAUUAUUUAUUCAGAGAGUUCUAUCUUUUUCUACCGUCGCAUUGCUGAAGCAAUGCUUA